CUUUCAUUUGCCUAUAAAUUGGCACAAAACCCUCCUCCUCUUCAUCAACACAACCAGUAGCAGUGUCCCAAAAACAAAGUUAUAACAACACUUCCCAUACAAAAUGGGGAAACGAGUGUGACACCACAAACCAAACACGAGCACAAAAACGCCAGAGCUACUGCUUUUUUUUCUUUUUCUUCUUCCUUCUCUUUGGUGCAAAAAAAUGGAGCAUUUCUACCUCAGCCUCCUCCUUCUCUUCGUAUCCUUCGUCACCCUCUCGCUGUUCCUCGUCUUCUACAACCACCGCUCUCAGUACAACUUCCAAAACCUCCCGCCGGGGAAACCCGGCCUGCCUUACGUCGGCGAGACGCUCGACUUCCUCUCCACCGGGUGGCAAGGCCGCCCUGAAAAGUUCGUGUUCGACCGCAUCGCAAAGUUCUCGUCCGAGGUGUUCAAGACCAACAUCGUCGGCAAGCCCGCCGUGGUCCUCGCCGGAGCCGCCGGGAACAAGUUCCUCUUCUCCAACGAGAACAAGCUGGUGGUCGCCUGGUGGCCGGACUCCGUCAACAAGAUCUUCCCCUUCACCCAGAACAGCUCCUCGGUCGACGAGUCCCGCCGCAUGCGCAAGCUCCUCCCCCAGUUCCUCAAAGCCGAAGCCCUCCAUAGGUACAUUGGGAUAAUGGAUUCGAUCGCCGAACGCCACUUCGCGUCCGGCUGGGAGAAGAAGCAAGAAGUACUGGUGUUCCCUCUAGCCAAAAACUACACCUUCUGGCUGGCGUGUCGCCUGUUCGUGAGCGUAGAGGAUCCGAGCCACAUCGCCAAGUUCGCGGCGCCGUUCAACCUGGUGGCCUCCGGGAUCUUCUCCGUGCCGUUGGAUCUGCCGGGGACGCCGUUCAGGAAGGCCAUCCGUGCGUCCAAUUUCAUCAGGGCCGAGUUGCUCAACAUCAUACGUCAGCGGAAGGUGGAUUUGGGAACGGGGAAGGCCUCCGUGACGCAGGACAUCCUGUCCCACAUGCUCACUAUCAGCGACGAGGCCGGCCGGUUCAUGACCGAGCUGGACAUCGCCGACAAGAUCCUCGGCCUCCUCAUCGGCGGCCACGACACGGCGAGCGCGGCUUGUACGUUCAUCGUCAAGUUUCUGUCCGAGCUGCCACACGUUUAUGAUGGAGUUUACAAAGAGCAAAUUGAGAUAGCAAAAUCCAAGAGAUCAGGAGAGUUACUGAACUGGGAUGACAUCCAGAAGAUGAAAUACUCAUGGAACGUAGCUUGUGAGGUGAUGAGGCUCGCCCCGCCGCUUCAAGGAGGGUUCAGGGAAGCCAUUAAUGACUUCAUUUUCAAUGGCUUCUUCAUCCCUAAAGGCUGGAAGCUGUAUUGGAGUGCGAAUUCAACCCACAAAAGCAGGCAGUACUUCUCUGAACCGGAAAAGUUCGACCCGAGCAGGUUCGAAGGCGGUGGGCCGGCGCCCUACACGUUUGUUCCAUUCGGUGGCGGCCCGAGGAUGUGCCCAGGAAAGGAAUACGCCCGGCUGGAGAUCCUGGUGUUCAUGCACCAUCUGGUGAAGCGGUUCAGGUUCGAGAAGCUGAUUCCCGACGAGAAGAUUGUGGUGGAUCCGAUGCCCAUCCCGGCUAAAGGCCUACCUGUGCGCCUCUUUCCUCACAAGGGGUAGGAAAAUGGCAUGUAUCUAAUUAAGUAGUAGCAAUUAAGUUUCUGUGUACUGUUCGUUUUAUGGUUUGCCGGAUUUGGAUAUGUAAUGCAGAUAUGAAUAUGUCUUUUUAGUACCAAGUACCAAUCACUUUUCAUAUAUAUCUAUCUAUUGGGUAAACUUUAGGGUACGACAUACGUGCCGAGUAAGAAAAGGGUAUCAAGAUUUUGAAUUAACUGGAUUUUAGACAUGAUACUAUACCUUAACUCUUGAUCGGUGAACCCUAGGCCUUCGAUAUCUAAAUCAUAGAACCUUGCGCCCCUGAGAUUGUGCAUGUAAUUUGUUAUAUAUUUCGACGAAUCAUGACCGUCGAUUUUUGUUUCUCGUUCAAUUAAUCUUUAGUGUUUUAGAUUUAUAUAGAACUUAGAUAUAGUUUUAAUCUUUGAGGGUUUGGGAAUAGUACUAGAUGCCAAACUCCAGUCAAUCCAAGGUCUAGAUAUCAUUUUCUUACUCAAUGUAUGUCAUACCUUUGAUUUUACCCAAGGUAUGAUAGAAUCACUCAUAUAUAUAUGGUGGUUACUUUGAUGCACUCACUUUUUUGUGCAUUCAAUGCAACCAACUCUAAAAAAGUGGUCAUAAUACAUCAUAUUUGAACUUUAACAGGUAGAAUUAGUAUAAUAUGAUGAUAUAAUACAGAAUCACAACUAAUCAAUCCAUUACCUAACCAAUUAACGUUCAAUUUUGAAUCCCAACCCAAAAUCCCAAAUUGUAAACCCUAACUCUAACCCGAAAUUCGUAAAACCUAAAUCAUUCAAAUUAAAGUGAAUCUUGAAUAAUUUUAGUACAAAUUCAGGUGCAUCAUACCACAGGUGAUGAUUGACAACGUUUUCACAUGAAUCACCACCUGUUAAGAAUGACGAUUAUAAGGCGAGUGCAUUGAACACAAAAAAAAAAGUGAGUGUAUCGAAGUAGCCACCAUAUAUAUUAUGUACUCGUAUCAAAUACAUUAACUAAAGAUAAUAAAAAAAUGUAUGAUAUACUGCAGUACUAUACAUAUUUUUUGUGGAAAAGCUAGGGUUGCGGUAUCAGUGAACGGAGGCUCGACACAGAGGACAAUGAGGGUUUUGAGUGAGCCAAGGGUCGAAGCAAGCCUUAUGAUACAAGUGGUGGCACACGAGAAGAGAGCUACACACGUCACCAUCCUUGAACUUGUCCAAGCAGAUUGAACAUUCCUCCGGCAAGCUUCUUCUUCUUCCUUGUUCUUCAUCGACUUCUUCUUCUUCUUCUUCUUCUUCUUCUUCGCCCCUUCUCUUGAAUACCACAAUGCCAUACCCUAAACGUCGAGACGGCGGAGGAGGUGGAGGAGAAGGAGGCCGACAGAAGCACCAUUUUACCAAACUAUAAACACCCCAAAUAGCGAAACCCAAUAAAAACAAUUCUAAAACCCUCCAGAAGGAUGGCCAAUCCAUUCGAUGACAAUGGGAUUUGUCCUGUGUGCAAUUGGCCGAAGCGUUCAUCGUCGUCGUCGCGGCCGACCAAUAUUACGCUAGCUCCAGCUUUCGUUGAAAUUAAGUAGGUAUUCCCUUUGCUAUGUAUUGUAUAUACAUAUAUUUGUACUUGGUUGGUUCGUUCUAGACUUCUAGUGGAAGAAGGAAAAGCUAUCCUAUAUCAUUGUGGAUUCGGACUUGGGAGUACGUACCGCUAAUUCGGAGAAUUAUUUUAGGUUAUAUAUAAUAUAAUAGAUUAAAUUCA